AUGGUACCAGAGGUCGCUGGACUCGACAUUUGUAAGGCAACUUUAGAUCAACUCGAUAAAAAAUUGACAAAUUCGAAGGGAAAGUUCUGGUCUCUUGCUGUCGACAUAACAAACGAAUCUGAAGUAGUUGACGGUUUCGAAUGGAUCAAGGAACACUUAGGUCCUGUACAUAUCCUAGUUAAUUGUGCCGGAAUCGCCAGGGAUAAUGAUCUCAUCGAUGGCGAUGCCCAAAUGUGGAAGGAUGUUUUGGACACGAACGUUUUCGGCUUGUGUUUGGCCACGAGAGAAGCUGUCAAGCACAUGACGAGCAAUGAGAUCAAAGGUCAUGUCAUACACAUAAACAGCAUUUCCGGGCAUACUGUUCUGCCCUAUUCAAGGACCAACGUCUAUUGCGCUUCUAAAUAUGCCGUAACUGCACUGACAGAAACUUUGAGACGCGAAAUUGUCCUUAAAGGUCUUGGAAUCAAGGUGACCAGUAUUAGUCCAGGACUUGUGUCAACCAAUCUGUAUGAGUCCGCAGGUUUUCAUCCAAAAGCUAUCAAAGCUAUCGGCAACCGGCCUAGUCUUUAUCCCAAGGAUAUAGCAGACGGCGUUUUGUACGUCCUCGGCACCCCUCCUCAUGUUCAAGUAAACCAUACAAUUAUCUGAACUUGU